GCUUCAACUUUUUCUUACCCCCCUACAUUCUCCUUACACGACACGUCGCGACGCGUCCAACGCGUCUCAACAAAAUCAGUCCCUCCUUCCUCUACGCGACCAUGGCAAAUCUUCCUGAGGGUCCUGCUCAGUUCGAGUUCCAGAAAAUGCAGUUCGUUAGCAGCUUGACGAGCAUAGCCGAGCAGAUGCGCGCCGCUGCCAGUCUCGCUGAAGGAUUUGCGAACACCAUCGCGCAUAUCCCUUACGCAACUGGGAUUCCCGCAGGGCAGUUCGGUCCCGCUGUCGUGCCGAACGGGAGAAAACGCAAAUCGCGCGACGGGGAAGAUGGCGAUGGGAGGAGGAAGCGAGGAUUAAAGAAGAUCAAAGACCCCAAUGCUCCCAAGCGUCCUCCCUCGUCGUACCUCCUAUUCCAGAACGAGGUCCGCUCGGAGCUGAAGGCGAAGAACCCGGAUAUCCCGAAUAAUGAGCUGCUCACGAUGAUCGCGAAGAAGUGGGCCUCAAUGUCGAAGGAGGAAAAGGAGCAAUAUGAGCAGCGCCAAAAGGCUGCCAAGGACCAGUAUCUCGCCGAAAAGUCCGUAUAUGAUAACCGUAGCUCCCCUGUCAAUGGCGCUACUGCGGCAGCAGCCCAGCCCGCAGCUACCCCUGAGGCGAAGUCUGUAGCUACCGCUGCGCCGACUGCUACUUCGGAGGAAGAGACAUCGGAGGAGGAAGAACAAGAAGAGCGGGAGCCGAAUGAGGAGGGUUCGUCGUCUGAGCAAAGCAGCGAGGAGGAUGUCAAGCCUGCGCCCAAGAAGUCCAAGCCCUUGAGACAUGAUGAGGUCAAGGAGAAGAAGCACAAGAAGUCGAAGGCGUAACCGCAGACCCACUCCAUGUUCUCGCGUAUCUUAAUUCGUCGUCCGGUAAUUGGCUUCUCAGGGUUCCUGGUUCACGUUCCCUAGCCUUGAUCUAACAGCGAUAAACACGUAUAUAGUUGUAUUCGUUUUUCAACUAGCUUUUAAUUGUCGAUGUUGUAGUGCUUGACGGUCCAAACCAAAGAUGUUUGGUAGUUCUUUGGUUGGAAUGCCGGUACAGCAUGUCUAACGAACGAUCUCAGGGAUCGAGAAGACUCGGAGGUGUUCGCGUAUGCUUCUACAAAGCAAUUCGAGAGCAUUCCAUGGCAAUUAAUCCGGAGGAUCACGGAUUCAGGAAUACUGUGGUCUUAGCUAGCACUUUAUGGCCGUUAUUCCUGUCACGCUCCAUAAUCGCUGUCGUCCCAAUUCAUCAAAAUUAGCCUGA